CGGAAGUGCACAGUGCGGCCACCGUCAAAGCUUCGGUGGUACGGCGACCUUUGCUGCCGCGCCCCUGGGUCGAGGUGGGGUGGCUUUCGUACAAGUGGUAGCGGGGGAGUUGCCGCCAUCCGCCAGAGGCCGGAGCCUGUGUCAGUCCCCCGAGGGGGAGGAGCAGGGGGCGGAAGUGCCGAGAGCAGCCACCGCCUGCCAGAUAAAGGAGCAGCCACCGCCGGCCGCCAGGGAGUGGACGGUCGAGCCGUCCACCGAAGCCCCAGGGACACCGCAAGACACCGCGAAGGAGAGUACCCCGGCUGGUUGAGGAACGAGCGGCAGCAUGUCUUUCCGGUCACUCCGAGGGCUCACAUCUCCGUUGUCUCGUCUCGUCGCUGCAUUGCAAUGGAUUAGCUAGCUAACAUAUAUGAUGCACAAAAUUCACGCAUUAGGAAGAUAUCCCAUUCUGCUCUUGGGGAAGAGGUGCUAAAAGACUAAAGUCAUGGAGGACUAUCACAAACCAGACCAGCAGACCGUGCAGGCGCUGAGGAACAUCGCCAACCGUCUGCGGAUCAACUCGAUCAAAGCCACGACUGCGGUGGGCAGCGGACAUCCGACAUCAUGCUGCAGUGUGGCAGAGAUCAUGUCUGUUCUGUUCUUCAACACUAUGAAGUACAGGCCAGAUGACCCCAAAAACCCCAACAAUGACCGUUUCAUCUUGUCCAAGGGUCAUGCUGCACCUGUCCUCUUCUCUGUAUGGCUGGAGAUCGGCUAUCUGAAGGAGUCUGAGCUCAUGAGCAUGUGUCAGGUGGACUCCAUGCUGGAGGGACACCCCACACCUAAGCAGCAGUUUGUGGAUGUGGCCACAGGCUCUUUGGGGCAAGGCCUGGGUGUCGCCUGUGGAAUGGCCUAUACAGCUAAAUAUUUUGACAAGUCCAGUUAUCGUGUGUACUGCUUGCUGGGGGAUGGAGAGAUGUCUGAAGGUGCUGUAUGGGAGGCCAUGGCCUUUGCCUCAUACUACCAGCUGGAUAACCUGUUGGCCAUAUUAGAUGUCAACCGCUUGGGCCAAAGUGAUCCAGCACCCCUGCAGCACCACGUGGAGAAGUACCAGAGGCGCUGUGAAGCAUUUGGUUGGCAUGCUAUAAUUGUGGAUGGCCAUAGUGUGGAAGAGCUGUGUAAAGCCCUCAGCCAACCACGCCACCAACCCAUUGCCAUCAUCGCCAAAACCAUCAAAGGAAAAGGCAUUCCUGUGGCAGAAGAUAAAAUGGGAUGGCACGGCAAGGUUCUGUCCAAAGACAUAGCGGAGAGCGUUAUGAGAGAGCUCCAGAGCCGCAUCCUCAGCUGCAGCAAGCGAAUGUACCCGGCUUCACCCAUCGAGGAUGCUCCACCCGUCAGCCUACGCAAUGUUCGCAUGCCCAGCGCUCCCAACUACAAACCUGGAGAGAAGAUUGCCACAUGUAAGGCAUAUGGAGUGGCGUUAGCCAAACUGGGACGUUACAAUGAGCGACUGGUGGCAAUGGAUGUCGACACCAAAAAUUUCACCUUCUCUGAAAUAUUUAAGAACGAACAUCCUAACCGCUUCAUCGAGUGCUUCAGCGCAGAACAGAACAUGGUCAGUGUUGCCACAGGUUGUGCCGCUCGUGAUCGAAACAUUGUGUUCGCCAGCGGCUUGGCAACCUUCUUCUCCCGCGCAUACGACCAGCUCCGCAUGGCUGCCAUUUCUGAGAGCAAUAUAAACCUCUGUGGCUCUCACUGCGGCCUGUCAGCUGGAGAGUAUGGACCCGCUCACAUGGGCCUGGAAGAUGUGGCUAUUUUUAGAGCUCUCCGGACUGCCACCAUCUUCUACCCGAGUGACGGUGUGUCUACUGAAAAGGCUGUGGAGCUCGCAGCAAACACAAAGGGAAUUUGCUAUAUUCGGACAAUUCGUCCGGAGACAUCAAUCAUUUACAACAGCAAUGAAGACUUCCAUGUUGGCCAGCUGAAGGUGGUUUACCAGAGUAAAGACGAUCAGGUUACAGUGAUCGCAGCAGGACUGACCCUACAUGAAGCUCUGGCUGCUGCUGAGCAACUCAAGAAAGAGCGGAUCCACAUCAGAGUCAUUGAUCCAUUCACAGUCAAACCUCUGGAUGCCAAAACCAUCAUCGACCAUGUGCGCGCCACCAGGGGUCGAGUCAUCACGGUCGAAGAUCACUACUAUGAGGGUGGCCUGGGGGACGCGGUGUGCUCCGCCAUCGUGAAUGAGCCCAGCUUCACUUUGCAGCGUCUGGCUGUCGCUCACGUUCCCCGCAGCGGCAAAACGUCCGACCUGCUCAAGAUCUACGCCAUCGACCGCGACUCCAUCACACAGACGGUCAGGAAGAUGCUCAGCAGCUCGGCCAAUGCCAAGUGAAGGGGUUUGCAAUGCCCCGCCUACUCCUCCCAAAAUCAACCCAAAAUCAUCCAAGUGCACAAACACAGUGUCACAUGACCCCUCUAAUGAUUGUGGCUCCUGCCACUUCUUUGUUCACCGUGAAUGACACGUCUUUAAGUAUAUUAGUAAAGUGAAAUACAUGGUGUCAGUUUUAAAGUACAGUUCAUUUAUUUAGUUUAUUAUUGCAAAUACGAACACACACACACAUCCUGGUGCCAUCUGAUAACCUUUCUUCAGAGGAUCACAAGACUUACCAACUUAAUAAGUCUUUAACACUAAGAAGCAGCUAACAUUUUAUUUCAUCACCAAAAAGUGUCUAUAUGGUGUACCAUGUGAUGCUCAUAUGCGGUUUGAAAGUGCUGUUUAAUAAGAUAAAACAACUGUUUUAAUACUUUUUAUAUUGUUAUUGUAUAGCUAUGAAGAAAGAGCAGUGAUGGAUUUCAUGGGUACAGACAAGUUUCCAAAAAACAAUAUAUUUGAGUCAAGUAUUAACAUAUGAAAAAAAACGUUCAUGAAAUAAGAAUGUGGUUCAGUAGAGUAAUUCAUGGUCUCUUAUGUGAAUCAGUGUGCUGUGCUGUAUGCUUUCUGUGUCUCGGGAUGGAAAAGUAUUUUUCGAUGUAUCUCAACAAGUGGUCGAUUAAAACCCUCUGGAUUUGAGUUUGA